ACGCAAAAGUAUUUUAUUAUAAGUUUACUUAAGCUUUUAUAUAAAUUACCAAAACGACCCAUGCUGCCAUUUGUCUGAACAAGUAGGCACUAAAUAAGUGGUACAGUACAGUCGCGUUCACAAUUUGUUCUUGUUGCAUCGCAAUUAGUACACUCGGAAACAAACGAAUGUUGUUUACAAAACAAAUUGAUACAAAGUGAGUGUCUGCUUUGAACUGAACCCCGUCAUUAGCUCGAUGCAAGCUCGACAGACAUGGUGUUGGCCAAUUUGUUGGUCACUUUACUGGCCGCAUUGGCCGUUCUGAUCCCACCUCUUGCCGCCUACGAAUCAUCCCGGACAGUUGUCAACGACAUCAGUUCCAAAAUGGGCGAUAUCAUGGUACGGUGCAGUAGAAAGAUGUUUCCAAAUUAUUAUGUGGAUCCGGACAUGGACAACUUCUGGGACCCGGAGUAUAAGGUGCAGAAUGUGCGGCAAGGCUGCCUGGCAGUGUGCGCGAUGCGAGCGCUCAGACUGAUCUACAGAGACGGUCGCAUUAACGUCGCCAACGUGCGCCGCUUCAUCGCCUCUAACAACGCUGAUCCGACGACGAGCUGGCGGCUGGAGAAGAUGUUCAUGUCGUGCCAUCAGAGUAGCGGGUUCAUGCAGCGCACGUGCAGCGCCGGCCUGGCCGCGCUCCGCUGCUACCGAGCUACCAUCGAGCAGCUUGGCUGGGCGCCUGGCAGCUACUGACACCUCAAUUCAUCAUCACUUGUGUUUCAUCAAAUAUAUGCCUGUAACCUA